UCCUGCGAUCCGAUUGGUCCGCGAUGCGAGCCGAUUGGUCCGCCUACGCAUCACAUGCUCAGAGCCCGAUGAUGGCGGGCGCCGGGGAGGAUUUGAGAGCGCUCUUCAGGGCUGGCGUCCGCGCGGCGCUGGAGGCCUGGCCGGCCUUGCAGAUCGCCGUGGAGAAUGGCUUCGGGGGUGUGCACAGCCAGGAGAAGGCCGAGUGGCUGGGAGGUGCCGUGGAGGAGUACUUCUCCCGCAAUGCUGACUUGGAGCUGGAUGAGGUGGAGGACUUCCUCGGGGAGCUCAUGACCAACGAGUUUGACACGGUUGUGGAGGACGGGAGCCUGCCCCAGGUGAGCCAGCAGCUGCAGACCAUGUUCUACCACUACCAGAGGGGUGAUGGGGCCACCAUGAAGGAGCUGACCUCCCACAUCAUCCAGAGGAAGCGCAGGGUUAGAGCCACGGCACUUGCGACAGAUAAGCAGGCGGAUGAUAAUAAUGCGGACAGCGCGGAGGAGAUGGAGGUCACAGCUACAAAUGAUGGGGCAGCUACUGGUGGGGUCUGCCCCCAGGCUGAACCCUCUGGGCCAGACACCCAGACUAUUAAGGAAGAAGAUAUAGUGGAGGAUGGUUGGACCAUUGUCCGGAGAAAGAAAUGAGCGGGGCUGGCCAUGGUUUGGGCCCUUGUAUGGAGGAGUGUGAACCUUUGGACUGGUUAUCCCAUCUCCAUCCUCUCCCCAUUCCCCUGUCCAGCUCCCUCCAGGGGAAGAAGAGCCGUAGGGUCCUUGGCCUUGGUUUGGUGGGACCUGGUUGACCACACCCCCUUGGGCCGUAAGUUAUUGUCCGAAUGGUGAGGCCUUGGGUGCGGACGGUAGGAUGAGCGGGUGCGGGUGUGGUUGGAGGCGCUGAAUGCUGGUUGGUUGACAGUGGGCAGGUAGGUUUAUGAAAGGAGAGAGGACCAGCAGAACCAACACUUCUGCGGCUCAGUAACGCUGAGAUGAACAUGGCGGCCGGAAGAGAGAAUCAUGGACAGCGGGAACGGAAGUAGCUGUGUUCCCUCUCCCACUUCCCUGCUGCCCGUA